AUGGACUCCCUCCUCGAGCCGGAAGAGCGGCUGAGCGAGGAGCAGCUCCUGCGUGCACCCUGGGGCAGCCUGGGCCGCAGCCUGACCCUAGGAGUCGUGGCAUGGGGCUGCAAGAUGCUCCUCAGCGUGGGAAAUACCAUCACCUUUGAGGGACGGGCCGACUUCCUGCAGCACACCAUGGAGCGCCCACCAGGGCUAGGGCUGAUCACCGUGAGCAAUCACACCAGCACACUCGACGACCCCGCCCUGUUCUCCGCCAUCCUGCCCCUGAGCUACUUCUUCACCGAGCAUCAACACGGCGGCAUGCGCUGGACCCUCUGCGCCAAGGAACUCUGCUACAAGAAUGCACUGCUGGGCCAGUUCUUCCAAUCCGGGAAGACGCUGCCCAUCGAGCGCGGCGUGGGCCUGGACCAGCUCAGCCUGCGGAGCAUGGGCCGGGCGGUGGGCCGGGGCGACUGGCUGCACCUCUUCCCCGAGAGCCGGGUGAACUACACCGGCACGCUGGGCACGCUGCGCUGGGGGGUGGGCAAGGUCAUCUGCGACGCCAUGCGGCAUAGCGGCGGCAGGUCGGUGGGCGCGGGGCAGCCCACUGUCCUGCCCUUCUACCACACCGGGAUGGGGGAGGUGAUGCCAUAUCGGGCCGUCGUCCCAUCUGUAGGGCGGUGGGUGCACAUCCUCGUGGGGCAGCCUGUCGAGCUGGAGGACAUCUCAUGCCGCUGCAACCGCCCUGGCCAUGACCAGAAGCAGGUGGGGGCCUGGGGUGGGGCGGCCCUGGCCCUGUGCUGUUGA